UCAAAACGGCGGCAGAAAUUCGAAAAAAAACGGUGUUUGUUGUUUGCAUUUUCACUCGCGCCAGCCGUUUGCUCCUCAGUUAAUUCCGGUUUUCUCUUAACGUUCCGGUGCAGGGAAUCCGCAGUGAUCGUAGUUUUUGCCGGAAGUGUAAUUGUGUUAGAAAAAAAACCGGAAAUGGCGACUCGCGCACGACGUGCCGCCACCAAGGCACCGAUUGUUAUCGAUUCUUCCUCGGAGCAGGAAUCGGAAGACAGCGAUCCGGAGGGAAUUUUUGCUAGCCCGGAUGCUAAACCGAAGGUUUUAAGUAAGUACCGGAAACGGGGACGAGCCGCCGGAAGUGAUGAUUCCGACUUUGACGAGGAAAAGGAGGUUAAGCCUCCAGCCAAAAGACAAGCUAAAAAAGAUUUGGAUGCUAGCCCAGUGGAAAAAGUCAAGGCAGAGCCCAAACCCAAAGCUGUGCGGAAACCCCGGGAACCGAAGGCUCCCAAACCGCCCAAGGAGCCGAAACCUCCGAAGCCACCCAAGGAACCAAAGGCUCCAAAACCACCGAAGGAACCAAAGGCUCCAAAAGCGCCCAAGCAACCAAAGGUUCCGAAAGAACCAAAACCCAAAGCAGCGACCGCUGCUAAGCGUGGUCGAAAAAAGGUGGCCGAUACGGAACCGGAAGUAUUGCCGAAAGUAGAAUUAUCGGAUGAGGUGAAGGUCGAAAACAAAGAUGAAUCACUUAUGGAUGAUUCUAAAAACGGCACUCUUGAUAAUGAUGUAAAACCGAUGGAUGUAACCUUCUCGGAUCAGGUGGAUCAAACGCCGGAACAGGCACCAAUUAAACAGGGAGCUGACCAGGACGAACACGAUUCCCGACCGAAGUACCGGAAGCGGUUGAGCAUGACGGUUCGGGAACAGUGGGAUGAUCACGAGCUUCUGGCUGAAAUGCAGAAUCUGGAUCGACGAACGGCAAAAACUAUCAUUCGAUUGUUCGAAGAGGAAAAUACGAUUCCUUUCAUUUGCCGCUAUAGGAAGGAGCUGAUUGGGGACAUGAGUCCGGACGAUCUCCGUGACAUCAAGCUGGCCUACAAUCAAAUUCUGUCGAUCAAAGCCAAGGCCGACACAAUCAUCAAAAAUCUUGAGAAAGAGGAGAAAAUUUCCGAAGACAUCCGGCAGGAUUUGCUGAGUGCCAAGACUAUCGAUGAGCUGGACCACAUCUAUGCACCGUUUAAACCGGCCAACAAGGGUUCGUUGGCCGAUCGGGCCAAAGCUCUGGGUUUGGAAACCUUUGCCGAAGGUAUUCUGAUCGGUAGCUUACCCAGUAUAGAUCUGCCGGAACUGGUCAAACCGGAAAUAGAAGGCCUCGAAACGGUGGCCAAGGUAGAGGAAGGUAUCAAGCAUUUGAUGGCCCAUAAUUUCAGCAAAAACACUGCUGUGCUCGAAGAAAUCCGACGGUUGAUUCUUAAAUAUGACAUUGUUUUAUCGUCGAGUCAAAUAACAAAAUCCCGAGCUGCUCGGGAAAAAGAGGAAUUCAACAACAACCAUAAUCGCAACUCGGGAGGUGGCCCAGGGGGAAAGAAACCGCAGAAAAAGGUUGAAGAACACAAAUUUGAGCACUAUUUCAAUUUUACUUGCCCAACCAAAUAUCUGAGGCCGCAUCAGAUUAUGGCCCUCAACCGGGGCGAAACCCAGAAGGUGCUGAACAUCAAGCUCGCCUUCAAGGACAACGUCAAAGGUGAUUUGUAUUGGUUCCUGAAGAAGGAAUACCUCCAGGAGGGAGUUCCCUCCCGGAAGCGUACCGAGUUGUUCGAGGCUUCGUUUGACGAAGCGUACAAUAAGAAAUUAAUCCCGCUGAUGACCCGCACGGUCCGCUCCGAGAUGACCAAGAAGGCCGAGAAAGCCUCGGUCGAAGUAUUCGCCAACAAUCUGAAACAGCUGCUGCUCACCGGUCCCGUUAAGGGCGAGAAGAUCCUCGGCAUCGAUCCGGGUUUCAGCAACGGUUGCAAGCUGGCUCUCAUCUCCGAAUGUGGCGAUCUGCUGGACACCGCAACCGUCUAUCCCCACAUCGGGGGAGAACGAUCCAAGGUGGCCCCCGGAAUCAUUGCCAACCUGAUGCGAAAGCACGACUGCAAUCUGAUUGCCCUGGGCAAUGGGACCGCCUGCCGGGAGACGGAAUCGAUGCUCUCGUACAUGAUGGAGGAGGGAAUCCUAGACAAACGGUGCGUUCGCUACAGUAUCGUCCCGGAACAGGGUGCUUCGAUUUAUUCCUGCGGGGAGGUUGCAAAGAAGGAGUUCCCAAAGAUGGACGUUAACCUGAUUAGUGCCGUUUCGAUUGCCAGGCGACUUCAAGAUCCUCUCUGUGAGUAUGUGAAGAUCGAACCGCGCCAUCUCGGCGUAGGAAUGUACCAGCAUGAUAUUAACGAGAAGACUCUGUCGGAAACACUGGACGAAGUUGUCAUGGAAUCUGUGUCGUUCGUCGGUGUGGACAUAAAUACGGCAUCCGUUAGUUUGCUUAGUCACGUGGCCGGUCUCACCGCCAAGAGAGCCGAGCACAUUGUUUCGCAUCGGGUGCGUAACGGUCCGUUCCGUAGUCGAGAGCAGCUGAUGAAGGUCAAAUUCAUAGGCGAUAAAACGUACACACAAUGCGCCGGUUUCAUUCGAAUCGAACCCCUUACAGCCGGUAUUAGAGAUUACAACCUCCUAGACUCGACAUGGGUCCAUCCGGAGAGCUACGGCCUAGCAGAAAGCAUCAUCGAAAGGGCCGGCCUCUCAAAGAAAGACAUAGGUCGAGCAGAUUUUAUACUUCGAAUCCGCGAUUUUGCAUUCCGUACCCCGAAAGACACCCUAGCAAACAUGUUCAAGCAACCAAUCGAACGAAUUCAGUGUGUGUUGGAUGCCUUGCAGAGGGAGUUGCUACGGGAUUACCGUUCCGAUAUCAACAAACCACCACUGUUUAAGCAGGGACUGACAACGAUGGCCGAUCUGGCCGAAGGAACCGUUUUAACUGGUGCCGUCAACAACGUUACGGACUUUGGCGCCUUCGUGGACAUCGGUGUCGAAACGAAUGGACUCAUUCAUCGCAGCAAGAUGAACGGACGAAGGGUGAACAUCGGCGAUCGGGUGGAAGUGACCGUAAUAUCCAUCGAUGUCGGCAAGAAACGGCUCGGCCUGAAGCUGGAACAGAUAUUGUAAAGGCCCGAACAGCACAAUUGUAGGUACUUGGUGCGUACACUGCAGGUGUACGUGCUCAAACAGUGUUUUCUUUCCCUGUACGUAUUGCAAAGCAUUUCGGAAUACAAGACGUUGCCAUAGAUGAUGAAA